ACCGUGCUGCGUUUUGCAACUGCCUUUCUCGCAGACAAAAAUUCGGAUGUGACGUUUCCACCUAUGUGGUCAAGGGCGGUCUCCGAAUUUUACACUCCUUUCAUGCGUUCAUACGCAGGACAAAACGAUAUUACGUUACCGGUGAUGCAUCCACCUUCGGGCACGUCGAUAUCUCAAUGGACUCCCAAUGUCAGCACCCAUGAACUAGGAGCCUCUCUCGCAAACCGUGGUGAAACCAACAAGCCCGCACUGAUGCCGCAGUUUGAUCGCAUCCAAGUAUCGAUACCGGAAGUUCUGCUACCAGAAAAUCUUGAGCGGGAUACUCGCGAAACGCCGAAUUUUGGGCAAGUGAAUGACAUACAAGGCCACUGGAAACGUUCCGCAGCUUCAAGACUGACAAGGGGCGAUUCUGGCUCGGGCGCUUCAAAAUCUUCCACCUGGAACACAAAACCUGACCACCUUACCACCAAUCAACCAACGGAGCAGGAUACGAAAUCUAAUUAUCAACCAAUUAGUGAAGGUUCGAAGAUAUGUAUAGUUUCUACUUUUGAUCGGAGUAAUUUUGUAUCACCUCGCCAAUUUAUAGCGAAUUCUUCUGAACACAGCGUAUCAAAUGGCAAUCCAGGAGAUCAAAGUCCUUACAAAGAGAGACAGUCUCAAGUGGGAUCAACUACUUCCCUAAACCACGAUGGAAACGUCAGUGAACAUAAAAACUCUAGAUCAACCGAGUCGACGUCAGCACACAUCCUUCCAGCUUCCCCGUCGGAUAUGACACACCACGGUAAGCUGAAGCAGAGCUGGCAUUCAGAAGUCCGGUUCCCCAACGAAGAAAUGCCAACCUUCGCCGCCGCAGCUGCCGCAGCCUUCGGUGAAUUCGAUCGAGCAGCAGCGACUGUUCACAUGCUUCGAAUAUCCUCGUUAGCGAGCAAGUUACGUAGCAAGUCACGUAACCUAACAGAUGGACGAGAAUGUGUCAAUUGCGGUGCCACACAGACGCCACUGUGGAGACGUGACGAGACUGGUCACUACCUAUGCAAUGCAUGUGGUCUCUACCAUAAAAUGAAUGGCACAAGUCGACCGUUGAUCAAACCCAAACGACGCAUGUUCCUUUUGACCAUCCUACAUUCAGAUGGACGAGAAUGUGUCAAUUGCGGUGCCACACAGACGCCACUGUGGAGACGUGACGAGACUGGUCACUACCUAUGCAAUGCAUGUGGUCUCUACCAUAAAAUGAAUGGCACAAGUCGACCGUUGAUCAAACCCAAACGACGCAUGUCAGCAACUCGGAAAUCCGGAACAAUUUGUGCAAACUGCCGAACAGCACACACAACGUUGUGGCGGCGAAAUCAGCAUGGGGAUUCCGUAUGUAAUGCUUGCGGGUUGUACUACAAGCUUCAUCAUAUAAAUAGACCCCUUUCAAUGAAGAAGGAAAUUAUUCAAACACGAAAUCGGCGAUUGACGCAGGGCAAAAAGCGAAAAGACAUGCACCACUUUUCACAGCUAGUUGGUUCUGUGACGACGGCCUCCAAUCGGUCAAAUACCGGAAUCGUGCAGUGGCUCGACUGUGUGCAUCAGACUUCCCCAAAACUCGAAAGUUUUGAUUGGGUUCAUACUCCGUCGGCUUGUGCAGCUUCGGAGUUCUCUUCCAAUGCACUCUCUACAAUUUAUCCCAUAAAACGAAGUGCAUUCCAAUCAGCUGGAUGGAUGCCACACCAUAGUUGCAAUGGGUCAUACCAUGCGCAAACAGACGAGCUGAAUUCGUCGGUUUCGGCCGCAGCGAUGGCAGCAGCGAUGGCUGCGGGCUAUUUAGCCCCAUCUUCUACUCCUCCAGGUAUCCGCAACCUGCUUACGGGAUCCUUCCCUGAUUCGAACAUAAUGAAGACUGAUCAAGUAUCAUCAUCAUCGUCACUGGUUCAUUGUAAAAUCCUACGAUCUUGCAGAGUUAGCGAACAAAAACCUGUUGAACCGGUCAAAGCAGAUUGGAUGCAAAAUGCGGAUUUGCACACAGCAGGCUACCACACGAUGCUCAAACUACCACCAAGUUCAACAUGCUUCGCAGCCCAAUCAGACGUAACGUUAUGUAACUACUUGCCUGCACAAGUAGUUUCAGACACCGAUGACCAGUGUAAAAAUUUAUCUGAGCUCGGUCAGCUAUCGGAUGUAAAUUUUAUUUGAGCACCACAAAUUAACGGUUAAUCAUGUAACAGGGAAAGUAAAGGGCAU